UAUUUCUUUCCUUUUUCUUUGCGAUUGCAAUUGCAUUUGCGUUGAUAUUGGUUCUUCUAUCUCUCUAGCAUGCUGAAUGUUUCCUUAAAAGUUUCUAGUAAAGUCUGUUGUGUUAAUUAUUUGCUGAACUAAAGUUAUCUGUUUAUAAAUCUCUUUUAAAAAUUCAUAUUUAUAUUAAAUUCAGAUCAAAAUUCAUAGGUCAAGAGUGGUUGUAAGAGUGGAGACUUCGAGAGUCUCGCAAUCUAAAUAUGCAAGAAGUAGAAGGCACAGACGCAGGGUCACCAUGGAACAAUUCCAGUGGUUGCGAAGAAGAACGCAGAUCGAAUCAAAAGGAGGGUAAAAAAUCUAAUGUUUUGCCAUUAUGGGGUAACGAAAGAACUAUGAACCUGAAUCCAUUAAUAUUGACAAAUAUACAAUCUUCACAUUAUUUUAAAGUUAAUUUGUAUGAAUUGAAAACUUAUCAUGAAGUGAUAGAUGAAAUUUAUUAUAAAGUUUCCCAUUUGGAACCAUGGGAAAAAGGAAGCAGGAAAACGGCAGGCCAAACUGGCAUGUGUGGAGGCGUACGAGGUGUGGGUGCUGGCGGUAUCGUCUCAACAGCUUAUUGCCUUCUAUUUAAACUGUUCACAUUGAGGUUAACAAGAAAGCAAUUGAAUGGUCUAAUUAAUCAUCUGGAUUCACCGUAUAUACGUGCCUUGGGCUUUAUGUAUAUCAGAUAUACUCAACCGCCAGCAGAUUUGUUCAGUUGGUACAGCGAUUAUUUAGAAGACGAAGAAGAAGUAGAUGUAAAAGCGGGUGGUGGGCAAGUUAUGAAAAUGGGUGAUAUUUUAAAACAAUUUUUAACAAAAUUGGAAUGGUUUUCCACUUUAUUUCCAAGGAUACCUGUACCUAUACAAAAGGAAUUAGAACACAGACUAGCGGAAAGAUUUCCACAACAAACUAUCAAUGCUCGUAAUGCAAAACCACCUAUCACAUUAAACAGUCACGGUAAAUAUAGUAAUAAUAGCACUAGUGGUCGAAAAGAUAAUGGAAAUUUAAUGAGAAAUCAGCAACCACGUCAUAUCCCAGACAACGAAGCUGAAUGGGGAGAAGCAGAAAGAGCAAGCCACUGGCGAGCCAGGUCUGACGAAGAUCGUAAGGAUAAGUAUAGAGAAAGAGAAAGAGAAAGAGAUGCAGAUAGAGACAGAAUUCGAGAACGUGAAAGGGAUAGACCUCGUGAACGAGAUAGAGAGAGGGAAGGACAUUUUAGGCACUCAAGUAGUCGUGAUAGAAGUCGACGAUCAAGAGAUUACAGAAGUCGUAGUAGAGAUAGAUCAUAUAGAGAUCGGAGUAGGGAUCGUCAUCGUGAUAAGGAUCGACACCGAAGCAGAAGGGGUUCACCGUAUGAUUAUACUGGAGCGCUCUCUCGUGAGAAAGAAAGACAACGAAAAGAAUGAGAUUUAACAAAUAAAAAAUGUUUGCAACAAAUAUCAAUUUAUGUAUGUGACAUUUGAUAAUGUAUGAUGUAUGAUUGGAUGGCUACGUAAACACGAGCGAAUAUGUAUGCGUGUGUUUGCUGCAACUUGUGCAUAUGUAUGUUUGUGCGCGUAAAUAAACACAUCCUAAUAUAAUUGUGGAAAUGAACACGAUUUAGAGCCGAGCCAUUCUUAGAGCAACAUCUCCAACAACAAAAUAAUAUCCUAAAUUUGAUCCAACUAUGUGCAACACAUGUAGUUUCCAUGUUUUUAUAAAAUAAAUUCUGAAGCACAUCUA